AUGUCCACCGUGUCCACCGCAGCUGGUGAGACGGGCGCCACCCGAAAGAUCAUUUCUGGAUCAGUCCAAGAGCGCCAAGAGCGGCCGACCGAUCGCUUCAUUACAGCUCGAGUGGUCCAUGACCUUAACUCCACAGAGUUCGGUUUGCUGCUCACCUUGGAACUGGCCAACGCGCCGAGUUCGCCUGCGGAGCAGUCCGCGGAGCAGAGCAAGUUCACUUUGGUGUCACCGGAUCAGCUCGCAGAGCUUCUGGAGACGUCCAUCGAAAUCACCCUCAGAUUGGAGGAAGAUGAGCAAAUCUUAUGUUUUCGUUUUGAUGAGGCGAAAGAAAGCACAGCACUGGGUUAA